GUUGAGCAACAUACAAUUGACAGGAGUGGGAUUUCUUCUAUACAAGAGAGCAAACUCGUAAAUCUAGAUGACACGACCACCUCUUUCUCUAGCAUUUGGGUUCAAAGAUUAGGAUUUCUGUACUACCCGGUUUACGCCAGCUGUGAGUUUCUUCUCUUCCGAACGCACCCCUGAUCAAAUAACGCUUAAUUCAUUGAUUAGACACUUCUUGAAUAUUUCGUUUCAACGAAAGCUACAAGAACUCGGAAUAUCGACACGCACCUUUGUUUUGUUUCAUCCUAUUACGGAUAAAACAAAACGGAUAUCUAAAGAUGGACGACUUGCCUCCUUUGCCCGCACCUUGGCGUGCUCGUGUUGUUUCGGCUCUGGGGAACGAAGCUAGCCAGGUGGUGGAGUAUUAUUAUCGAGAAGAGGUUUUGCGGAGAAAACGUACUUCUACUAUACGAAGUUCUUGUACUGCUUCUACAACAACAACAGCAGCAGCAUUGUCGUCUUCAUUUUCGUCGAAGUCUUCUUCGUCUUCGGUCACUUCUUCUUCGUCGAAGAAAGUGCCACAACAAGGGCAUAAGGUUCCUGCACAAGUACGCGAUGACCAGGUACUACCAAAGCCGAACAGCAGCGGAUCAAUAAUUUCUAGAUCAACUACAGCCGGUACGUCAUCUUCAAGUUCAAGAUCAAGUACAGCAAGUACAGCGGCCGCAUAUGGAGAGCUACAAGAGGAACAAACAAAUUCAGAAAUAAUAGAGCACAUUUCUCUUAUCCGACCCCCCGGUCCUGCUCAGUUUUCCCCUUCUUUCUUCGGCGGGAACAGUGUCGCUCGAGUCUUGGACGCAAACGGCGCAGCAUGGCGGGUUCGGAUACUAGAUGUGGACCCACUCUUAGGCAGCUAUGAAUGCACUGUACUAGACUCGAAGCGCUCGCACGUGCACUUGUUCGAAGCAGAUUUGGUUCCUUUUGAUUCCGUCGCAGUAAAGAAGCCAGGGUACUAUGCUGGUUACGGCAUUACUAGUACGCUAUUGGAAGAUCAUUGCGAUCAUUCCCUUGGACAGAGGAGUAAACCCUGUAGAACCAUCAAGGGUAAUACGACCAGCGGUGAACUACCUACUAGAAAGUCCUUUUCAUCUAGGAGAAGUACUUCUUGUAGGUUGAAGACAAAAGACGACCCUAGGACCAAAACCACGACGCAUGAUUGUGGUGAUGUGAUUUCAUCAAGUAGUACUUUUAUCACCAACUGCGUUCGCUCUGCCUCGGGCUUCGGCUCUCUUCAAUCCAAGGCACCAAACACCAGUAGCGCUGAGCAAUCUAGUCCUCAACCCUCAUCCGCGCGUUUAUAUAGACGGAUAGAAAAACCAGUCAGAAGUGGAUCCCGACGAACGAAGGACUGUAAACACGUCAGCACGGCCUCCUCGAAAGCGGCACUCUCAACUACGACCACUGCAGAUAAUACUGCAACCUUGUUGACAGGAAGCUCCUCUUCAAGUUGUACCUCUACUAGUACGGCAUUGAUGAUACGAGGGUUUGGUGUGGCACAAGAUUUUUUAGGCCUUUGCUCGUGGAGUGCUGCGCUACUCCAAGACUUGCCAAGGAAAUGGGCUAGUGAUGCUGUGGCGAACUGAAGCCCUGUUUCUUUUAGCGAUUCGCCUAACUUACGAAGCUGUUGUUCAAGAAUUUUUCCUGUGCUAGUGCUAGGCAAACGAUUAAGAUCUUCCGCCUCAGUCUUGCUCGACAUAUGAUCGAAUUGACCGACUUUUCGGCCCGAAAAGCUACUGCGUCUCGUCGUGGACAUAUUUCUGCGGUCGAACCUGCACUUCUUGCAAAAGUUGCAGGCGAAGCUGGUCUCCUUGAAACUACCUAAGUAUGAGGGAGGCCUGAAAAAGAAAAGCAAAAAGGGUGCAGAGAAAACAUGAUUCGUCUAUGUUUCUCGAGGAGCAGCUAGUUGUACAGGAGAUGAUCAAGAUCCUAAAAAUGAAGAAUUGUUCCAGCAGAUGGCAAAAAAGCUUCUGGGCGUCGAGUCAAACGCGUGGCAUUACAAAAAGAACUUGGUCUUUCUUGUCGAAGGUUGUCGACAACCUCAACAGGAUCAAGGAGAAGGAGUUGAAGUGAGGGCAACAACAUCGGCACCAUGUGGACCAUCUGGCCCGAGCAAGAAAUUGGAUGCGGCCUAUGCAUAUGUGGACAUGAAAACAAACGAGGGAGGUUUUUUCGCAAACCUUGGACUCAGGACCAUACUGGUGAAUGCAAACCCACUUGUAGUUCUAGAGAGAACUCUUGUCAAAGAGCAAAAAC